CAACCAUCAGUCCACACACAAACAGCUGAUCUGAGAUGAAGAAUAGGCGGAGCUCUCGAUGCUAAGCCCUUUGGAGAAAUAACUAAAACCCCCCCUUUUCCUUCUCGCCAACGAUGAAGCAGGAGAAGAAACGAGAGCGGCCAUUGUUAGCUACGAACCCGACGAUAGCCGCGAGAUUUGAUGAGUCUCCGCUGGUAGUUUCCGAGCUCCGGGCUGACAGACAUUCUAUUCUUUUGCUGCUACUGUUGCAUCUGGUUCUCCAAGGUACGGCAUUUUCUGGCAUUUCACAAGUGAUCGGCGAUUUAAAACCAAUUUGGUUUCUUGUUGUGGGAUAUGGAGGUUCCAUUGUUGCGCUACCACUGCCUUUCUCGGGAUCAAAUUAGGAACAACUGUGGUUUCCCUUCCUCCUCAGAUCAUAGAUCUCUGUUUCCUGGGUAUCGUUCCUCAAUCUGCGAGGGCAUUUGGAGGAAACCGUUUGGUAGAUUCCGGUGUGCUUCUUCGCUAAAUCCGGGACUAAAACCUCGUCCUAUCCCAAUUCCUACCAGAAUCGAUAAUGAUGUGAAUGAAAUUGUCGAAUUUGACGAUGCCCGGAUGAAAAAACCGAGUGCUUCACUCUGUAGUCAGAUAGAGAAGUUAGUCCUGUGCGGAAGGUAUAGACAAGCGCUUGAUUUGUUUGAGAUAUUUGAGCUUGAAGGUGGGUUUGAUGUCGAUGUGGAUACAUAUGAUGCGCUAAUCAGAGCUUGUAUAGGGUUAAGAUCUGUUCGAGGAGUCAAGAGGAUAUACCAUUACAUGAAAUCUAAUGGGUUUGAACCUGAUAUCUACAUGAGAAACAGAGUGCUGCUCAUGCAUAUAAAAAGUGGUCUGAUGGAGGAAGCACGCCUUUUAUUUGAUGAAAUGCCAGAAAAGAAUCUAAUUUCAUGGACUACAAUCAUGGGUGGGCUUCUAGAUAUUGGAGAGUACUUGGAGGCGUUUAGAUUAUUCCUGCUUAUGUGGGAAGAUUUUUCCGAAGGUGAUCCACGCUUGUUUUCCACAACGAUCAGAGCUUGCACCGGACUUGGAUCAGUCUCUAUCGGGAAGCAAUUACAUGCCUGUAUGCUGAAAAUGGGAGCGGUGCACAACAUAUUCAUUUCUUGUUCGCUUAUCGAUAUGUAUAGCAAGUGUGGUGCUAUAGAAGAUGCUCGUUUUAUUUUUGAGGAUAUGCCAGAGAAAACAACUGUAGGAUGGAAUACAAUGAUUACUGGGUAUGCCCUUCAUGGUUACAGUGAAGAAGCUGUGGACUUGUUCUUCCAAAUGAGUGAUUCUGGUGUUAAAAUGGAUCACUUCACGAUUUCACUAAUCGUGAGGGUAUGUGCAAGGUUGGCUUCUUUGGAUUAUGCUAAGCAAGCACAUGCUGCUUUAUACCGGCAGAACUUUGGAUCAGAUAUGGUGGCAAAUACAACACUUGUAGACUUGUAUAGCAAAUGGGGGAGAAUAGAAUAUGCUCGGCAUGUUUUCGAGCAGAUGCCUUGUAAGAAUGUGCUUUCCUGGAAUGCGCUGAUCUCCGGAUACAGUAACCGCGGUCAAGGCAGUGAAGCAAUUGAGUUGUUUGACCGGAUGAUCCACGAAAAAAUGAGGCCGACUCACAUUACAUUUCAUGCUGUACUAUCUGCUUGUUGCUAUUCUGAUUUAUCAGUACAAGGGUGGGAAAUUUUUAAAUCAAUGGAGACUGAUCAUGGGAUCAAGCCACGGGCGAUGCACUAUGCAAUCAUGAUCGAACUACUGGGUAGAGACGGGUUGAUUGAUGAAGCUUUUGCUUUGCUCAGAGGAGCUCCCUUCAACCCCACAGUAAACAUGUGGGCUGCACUUGUAACAGCUUGUCGAAUGGAGGAAAAUUUAGAGCUUGGAAGAUAUGCAGCUGAGAAGCUCUACGGAAUGGAACCGGAAAAGUUGAACAAUUACAUUGUUCUUCUCAACAUAUACAAGAGUUCUUCUGGCAGCUCAAAGGAAGCAGCUGCUGCAAUCCUCAACACCAUAAGAAGAAAGGGUAUGAAUAUUCUUCCAGCUUGUAGUUGGAUUGAAGUAGGAAGACGGGUGCAUGUUCUCCACUUUGGAGAUAAGUCUCAUCCACUAAGCAAGGAGGUUCAUGAGAAGGUGGAUGAGCUGAUCAAGCAGAUAUCCAAACAUGGGUAUGCUCCUGGGGAGAAAACGGUGCUUCCGGAUGUAGAUGAAAUAGACCAGAAGAAGAAACCGGGGUAUCAUAGUGAGAUGUUGGCUGUGGGUUUAGGGGUAAUGAGCAGUCCUUGGUGGAAGCAGUUGCAGGUGGUUCAGGGUCACAGGAUCUGUGGUGACUGUCAUGAAGCAAUCAAGUUGAUAUCAAUGUUGAAGAGGAGGGAAAUUAUAGUCAGAGAUGCCAGUAGAUUCCAUCAUUUCAGUGACGGACAUUGUUCCUGUGGGGAUUACUGGUGAAAGAGCUUAAUUUUUCUUUUUGUUGUUACCUUUGUGGGCUGAUUCUUUCUGUUAGUAGUUGCAUAAUUAAUUACAGUCCGAAAAUAGAAUAGAAUAGUAUACUUAACAUAAGCACUAUUAGAAAAUGUUUUCUCUGAAUUCUUACCACAUUGCUAUGCUUAUAAUGAACCAUAAUGCUUUCUAUCAUUGUGUGUUUAUCCGAAGAUCUCUUGUAUUCUUGUGAAUUCCCAGACCAGAAGUUACCUCUGACGUUGUGUUAAAUGGAUUGGGAGCAUUGAGAUUUGAGAUACUAGGUUACUUUCUGUGGGAUGUUUCCUUUUAUGCAAUAUCUAUGGCUGUAUCCUACUGCAUUCACUUGGCUUUAUUGGUGGUUGCUUGAAAUUGAGAUGCUAGCUAUUUGUGUUAGAUGUGUACUUAUCCAUGGUAAAGUAAGUUAUAGCCUUGUUCUGGUCUAGCAUUUCUACGGUUACCAAAAACAAAGAGCUGCGAAAAUAUUCAAUCUUUUUCUCGUAGAGGACAUUUUGCUGCAGAUGCAGAUUUCUGUUGAAGAUUUGGAAGUACCACUGAGAAAUCAAGCAGAUGUUGUGGGCUCACUUACUGCUGCAGCUGAUCAGAGCGAACUUGGAAGAAUCAGUGGAAUACAUCCUCCAAGUUCUAUGGCAGAACCGGAUAACCGGUCUGACGCCAUGCGUCCUCAAAUCCUCUCCACAACAUGCUUCAACAGCAGAACUGAUCGGUCCUCCACAAUCCUGUCUGUACAACAGUUGCUUUUCCCCCCUUACCCCCUCUUUGGUUCGGUUUAACUAUGGCUUUACGAUCCCCUUCCCUAUCGGAGGUGGGUUUACGAGACUUAUGCAGAGACGAAAUCCAUAACCUGUUUGCGGAGUAAGUCUCAGGGAGUCAGACCCCACAAGUUUCAGAAACAAUGGAGCGAAACCGCUAACCUUCUGUGGUGCUGUUGCAGUUGGCUUAUAUGGCUCAAUUUCUGUUGAGGUUAACCACAACCGAUCGCCGGCCUUAUGACUCCACAAGUUUCAGAAACAACGGAGGGAGGAGGUGGCAAAAGAAUGUAUGUUAGGAUCCAUUGAAGAUCGUUGCAAUUACCAAACAGAGUAAAAAACAAACAAAAAAUGAUUGUGAAAGGAAGGGGGGACAGUUUGCUUUCCUACUUUAUCGUAUGUACUGUGGAUAUAUCAAUGUCAGUCUUCUUGAUGUAGAAAGCUUUCUUUCUGCUCAAUUAUUGUUUUACCGAGCAAUCAUCAUCAUUCAUCGAUUAAUCUGUGAAUUGGUGAUAUCAUCAUCUACAAGACUACAACUAGAAAAAGUAACAAUUGACCUCUCGGUUGUCUUCUGUCUUUGUCAUGACAUCAGCUCUGUCCCUCAGCAAUCCACCCCUUAGCCUGAUCGCUUGAAUGAGUUAAUACCCACUAGUUUUCAUUGCCCGCGCUUCGCGUCGGGAAGGGUGUUCAUCUAGAUUUAUAGUUGUGUGGUCUGCUGGUUAAAGGUAACACAAUGAAAAUACUACAUGAUA